AGAGUUGAAUAUCAGCAAAGGGGUUCACCUCAUAUUCACAUGUUGCUAUGGAUAAAAGAUACACCAAUAUUCGGAAUCGACGAUGAUAAUGAAGUCAUCUCUUUCAUUGAUAGCAUUAUUACCUGCCAAAAACCAAAUGGCAAUUCAAACCUAAUCACCUUAGUAAACAGGCAAAUUCAUCGACAUUCGCAUACGUGUAGGAAAAGAAAGAAGAAUGAAUGUAGAUUCAACUAUCCACAACCUCCUAUGGAAAGAACUACGAUAUUGCAUCCUCUUGAUAACAACAUUGAAACACACUUGCUUAAACAUUAUAAAGAAAUGUGGACACAUAUUAAGAAAGAAUUAAAUGACUUAAAAGAAGGUCAAGGUAUUACUUUUAAUGAGCUUUUGUCUCAUCUAAAUGUAACAGAAGAAGAUUAUCUACUAGCAUUGCGUUCAUCUCUUAAUUCUCCAACUGUAUUCCUAAAGAGGAAGCCAAAUGAGUUAAGAAUUAACAACUACAAUGCACCGUGUCUCAGUGCAUGGAGAGCUAACAUGGACAUACAAUUUAUCCUUGAUGUUUAUGCUUGUGCCGUGUACAUUGUAUCCUAUAUAUCAAAGGCACAGAAAGGUAUGAGUGAAUUACUUCGAAAGGCAUGUGAUGAGGCUAAGAAUGGCAAUGCCAGCAUAAAACAGCAAGUAAGAGAUAUAGGCAAUAAAUUUCUGAACAGUGUAGAAAUAUCAGCCCAAGAAGCAGUUUAUUUAGUGUUUCAAAUUCCAAUGAAAAAAUCAUCACGACAAGUAAUAUUUAUACCUACUGCGCCUCCCGAUGAAAGAGUUGAUCUAUUGAAGUCUAUGAAUGAAAUUGAAAUGAUGGAAGAUGAUUGUGAAGACAUACACACCAGAGGUCUUCUCAAAAGAUAUACUGAAAGGCCUCAUAACCUUACUAAUGUGACUUUGGCAGAUUGGGUAGCAUGGUAUGAUUCAUAUGGAAAACCCCAUAGGAAGAGAACACGAAAAUUGGAUGCUGAUAGUCUACUACAAGAACACUGUAUUGAUGACAAAAAUAGUGAUGAUAACUCUGAGAAUGAUAAUGGAGAAGCUGAUAAAAGCAAGCAACGGUCAAAAGCAAGGAUUAUCAGAAGUGUUUGGUUUAACAGAGAGACUAACCCCGAAAAACAUUACCGUGAAUUAAUAAUGCUUUUUUAUCCAUGGAGAAAUGAAAAGACAGAUCUCAUAGGCAAUUGCUCCACCUUUGAAGAACGCUUCUGCUUUUUAAAAGACGAAAUCUCAAAACAGAUGAACCAGUAUGCAUUUUUCAGUCAACAACUAGAUGAAGUUCUAAAUGAUUUAAAAGACAUAGACGAUAAUUGUUUUGAUACAAUUGCACCAAACACACAGCAUAGAGAACUCCAAGAUCAAACUGAAGGUCUAAAUGACUUGCAUCCUGACUUCAGUGAAACAUAUGAUUUAUCAGAAGACAUUGGCAUUACUCCACAUACAGUUAAUAAUGAUAUCCUUAUACUAAAUGAACUGCCUGAUCAAGAAUACCGACAAAUGGUCCAAAAGUUAAACAAACAGCAGAAAGAGUUCUUUUAUCAUAUUUUGCAUCUCAUUAAAACGUCUGACAAGCCAUUUUACAGCUUUCUAAGUGGAGGAGCUGGCGUUGGUAAAUCGUGGCUCGUUAAAGCAUUAUAUCAAGCAGCUCUAAAAUACUAUAACCAUAACGCAGGAGAAGAUUUCCAUGACAUAAAAGUGUUAUUACUAGCACCAACUGGGAAGGCAAGUUACAACAUAAAAGGAAACACUAUACAUAGUGCUUUGGCGAUACCAGCAAAUCAAUCACUAAAAAAUUACAAGCCCCUCGAUUCUAGUAGACUUAAUACCCUUAGGUGUAAACUCGGAAAACUUAAACUUAUAUUUGUGGAUGAAAUUUCUAUGGUUGGUAAUUGCAUGUUUAAUAUUCAGGUAAACUGCAGAUUAAAAGAUAUAAAAGGCAGUAAAGAUGAUUUUGGAGGAGUUAGUAUCAUUGCAAUAGGUGAUUUAUUUCAGCUAAAGCCAGUAAUGGAUGGUUAUAUUUUUAACAAUUUUGAAGAUUUGCAAUAUGGGAUACUUCUACCAAACUUAUGGAAAGAGCAUUUUAAAAUGUUUGAGCUUCAUGAAAUCAUGAGGCAAAGAGAGAGUAAAAUAUUUGCAGAAAUUUUGAACAGACUUAGAGAAGGAAAUCACACAAACGAUGAUCUCUUAAAAAUAAAAGAUAGACUUAUUACACCAAAUAGCUCAACAUACCCCUCAGACGCACCUCACUUAUUUAUACAGAACAAAAAAGUUAAUGAGUUCAACGACAGAGUUCACCAUGCAUCUUUUAACAAAAAGUUCAAUGUCAAAGCACAGGACAGUGUAGUUGGAGCAAAUUCUUCAGAACUAAGGAGGAAGAUAAUGAACCAAAUACCUAACGAUCCAGCAAAAACUAAACAGCUAAGAUCAAAUCUUAAACUGAGUGAAGGUGAAAGAGUAGAAACAGCCAUAAAUGUACGGACAGAAGAUGGCAUUACAAAUGGUGCAGCUGGAGUGGUUAAAUUCAUUCACCUACAUCAAAUACAAAAACCAACUGGAAUAAUAUGGGUGUUAUUUGACCAUAGUAAUGUAGGGGAAAGAACAAGACGAGAAAAUAGGCAUCUAUAUAUGCAAUCAAUUCAACACACUUGGACUCCAAUAAAGCCCGUCACUGUGCAGUUUGCUGUUGGCAAAACCAAAACUGCUCAGGUUGUUCGAAAGCAAUUUCCUUUACGGCCAGCUGCUGCUAAAACUAUACAUCGAUCUCAAGGGGAUACUGAAACAAGAAUAGUUGUAAAUUUGGAAACAAAAAGGAAAAUACCUCAUGUUCAUUAUGUUGCGUUAAGUCGAGUAACAACUAUUGAAGGAUUGUACAUUACAGACCUUUGUGAGAACAAAAUUCAGGUUCAUUCGGAUGUGAAAACUGAAAUGGCUAGAUUACGAACAAAGGCCUCCCUUAACCUUUGCAUUCCUCGCCUUUAUGAACUUAGUUCAUCUUUUUUCAAGUUGUGUUUUCUAAACGCAAGAUCACUUCAUAAACAUAUUGACGAUUUACGCAACGAACACAAUUUCAACAAUGCCGAGUUAAUUAUGUGCUCAGAGACUAGGUUCAGUCCACUUGAUGAUGAUAACAUGUACAUCAUACAAGGAUAUCAAUUGUUUCGAAAUGAUAACCAGGUUUUUAACACAAGACCCUAUGGUGGUACUGCAAUUUAUAGUCGACACUCUUUUGCAUCUGGCCUCCCUUACAAUUCCAAUACAAAUGGUAUUGAGAUAACAGUUGUAAAAGUAUCUACCCUGCCAAAUGUAACAAUAACAGCAAUUUACCGUUCACCAAAAAUUUCCCUCACACUUUUGUGUAGGUCACUUAUUCAAGUAUUAGACAGCAUUUCUUCCCAAUACAACAUUAUCAUUGGAGAUUUUAAUGUUAACUGGAUGAAUGAAAUUGAAAGAAGACCUCUCUACAACCUUCUUGUAACAGAAAGAAAUUAUAAACAACUGAUUUCACAUUAUACAACUGAUAACAGAACAAUAAUUGACCACAUAUACACAGACUUCCUAUCAGAUUCACAUGCUGAUACCACUUCAGGAACAUUAGAAACAUAUUUCACUGAUCAUAAAGCCAUCUGGCUAGCUUUGCCGUAUAAUAUGUGUUAAUGAAAACAAUUCCUUAAACACACACUAACGAGAGCCAAUUAUCUACUGUAAAAGUAACAAUAUGUUUCCCUUAUAAUUAUUUGGCUACUGUAAAACUUCACCUACAACAAAAACUAAUUUUAAAAAAAUCUUUCAGACAUUGCAUGUUCUAACUUGUUAAUAGUUAUUAGUCCAUGUCUUAUCUCUAAGUGGUGGUAUAAUUAGAUCUCACAUUUUUAUUUAUUGAAACAUUUUUUAA